AUGAUGGCCAGACCUUGGAAGGCGUCACAGCUCCUGUUAGCCAUCUUGGUGGCCCUGGUGGCCUUCAGCUACCAACAAAAGAGGAAGACAUUCAUAAGUGUCCGUGAAGUGAAUGCCCUGGAGCCUCCUGUGCCGGACACAUUGGACUAUGUCACAGACGCAUACAACAAAGAAAGUGAAGACGUGUACAACUUCCGGAUCCUUCGCAUCCUGAAGAUUGAGAAGCGGGUGACAGACCACCUAGAGUUUCGCAUCAGAGUGGAAAUGCGGAGGACCACCUGCUUCAAAACAGAGAAGAGCACCUGUGAUGUCCAGGAAGGGGAACUUUACAAGCAAAUCCAGUGCUACUUCUCAGUGUAUGUCAUACCCUGGUUUGAAAGAUACAAAAUUCUCAAAAAAAACUGUACCAAUAGCUGA